ACACAUCACGCACCACACUGCAGAAAAUGGAAUGUGAGAAUAAACUCCCUAAACUGGGAAGUCUGGUCAAACAACAGACUUUGGAAGUCUGCACAGACUUUCUCUCUGAUGCUAUCUCUGACGUCACAAAGCUCUACCAGACCGAGUCCAACUUUGCUAUCCUGGAGACCAGAGAACAAGUCUACGAGUUCCUGCGGAUCUCCCCGCUGUACGGCGACGUCGUGGGGACGAAGCUCACUGAGCCGAACCCAGUGGAUGCCUGUCUGAAGAGUCUGAGGGUGAAGAACGCUAUCACCUUCGGCUUCAAGAUAACCCUGCUGCUGGAAAUGCGAAGCUUGCCUGAUGAAUACAAAGCUAAAAUUAUGUCCAGGUAUGCAGAGGAGCUGACCCGAAUUGACAAGUCUACCUCAUUGGCAGAUACUGACAAGUCUACCUCGUUGGCAGAUACUGACAAGUCUACCUCGUUGGCAGAUGCUGACAAGUCUACCUCGUUAGUAGAUACUGGCGUGUCUACCUCGGCAGAUACUGACAAGUCUACAUCGGCAGAUACUGACAAGUCUACCUCGGCAGAUACUGACAAGUCUACCUCGGCAGAUACUGACAAGUCUACCUCGACAGAUACUGACAAGUCUACCUCGUUGGAAGAUACUGACAAGUCUACCUCGUUGGAAGAUAUUGACAGCGUCACUCGGUUGCUAGGCGACUCCGGCGUCACCCAUUGGAUAAAAGCGACGGAAAUCGGCAACGAACUGAUUUGCAUUGUGACGUUAAAAUGUAAAGGUAAGGUGAAAAAGAAAUGGCUGACGGAGAAACUGGCCAGAAGACUAGGCUCCACGGGUCAGCUUGACCGGCAGCUGGAAAACUUCCAGAGCCUGAGCCAGGUCAUCGAGAACUUGUGCAAGGACAUCAAGAUGGCCACCUUCAGCUACCAGCCGCUGGACACCCGCCCCCAGACACUGGAGCAGAUGCUCAAGCUGAUGAAGGGCUGGACCUACGACUGCGCCGCGGUCGUACGGACCUGCAAACAACAGGCGACGGCUGGAGGCCACGGGCGCCCCAAGGAACGGGGGCGUCUCACCUUAGGGAGCGCUUUAGCCUGCUUCGGCGGCAGGAGUAGGGAGGUGCCGGAUGUGGACAGUCACGUGAUGCCAUUCAGCAGCCGACAGGUGGAGUCACGUGACUCGAUCGUACAGCGACCGUUACACGUGUCCAACACGUUCGGUUCGCAAAACUUUGACUACAUUCCGGAAUGGGACAAUUACUUGGACUUCACAAAGCUCGACAAGAAUGUCUACGUGUUAAGGUUUGUCGUGCAAGAUAUCCAGUGUGACGCUGACGUUCUGCCCGGCAGUGAGGCAUUGUGGGACACCAGCUUCGUCUCGGCUACAACAUGGCUGCCAGACACGCCCACAACCGAGCUAGACACGCCCACAGGCAAGCCAGACACGCCCAUAGCCGAGACGGACACGCCCACAGCCGAGCCCAGCUGCCGGGGGCUGAGGACGGAGAUGAUUGACAGGUUCCGACAGACGCUGGAGGAGGAGCUUAAGACCUGCAGCUGUGAGGGGGUGGGGCUGAAGCUGCAGAGGUUACACCAAGAGGUCAGGGCCAUCUCGCCCGUCAGCCCACAGUUUUACACGCUGGUUGCACGUCUGCAACACUCGUACGAGCUGCUCACCAGCAGACGUAUCAACAUUGUCACGUGACUCGUUGGUUGUGACAUUCAACUGAGAAGGUGACACAGUACACCAGAAGGUGACAGUACACCAGAAGGUGACACCGUUAAACGGAAGUUGAUAAAAAAAAGUAUGACACUACAAACAGGACAAACGCGCAUCGCCAAAAACUGGUUUACAAUACAACGAUCUUUACACAGACCAAGUUUACACAUAGGCAAAGUUCUCUCGAAGGGCCCCCCUCCUACCUCCCAGACAACUGGGUGUGCCCCCCUCCAACAGACAACUGGCUGGGGG